AUGUCGACCACAGUAUCAGACGAACCUGCGUCAUACACGUCCAAGGAAAAAGGACAGGCUAAGCUAAUACAUACAACGAAAUCAGUGAGAGACGCUUCAAAAUCAGCCGUUCCAGAAUUGAGAAGGUUGAGUACACUGAGUGUUAAAAAGGACUUAUCCGACUUGAGCAUCCCCACUAUUACCGAAAAUGCGGAAGACGUUGCUGGUCUGAAAGGUCGUAUCCGCCUACAGAAAGACAUCCGACGGAAUUCACGCGAUUGGAUGGACCAACAACGAAAAAACCUCCAAGCUUACGAAUAUUUAUGUCGCAUUGGAGAAGCCAAAGAAUGGAUAGAAAAGUGUAUUGCCGAGGAAAUUAAUCCCAUUGUCGAACUCGAGGAAUCUCUCCGCAAUGGAAUAGUCCUUGCCAAAUUGGCUCGAGCCUUCGAGCCAUCCGUCGUUAAGCGGAUAUUUAUGUCACCCAAAUUACAAUUUCGUCAUUCUGACAAUAUUAAUUAUUUCUUCGCGGCUAUAAGGAAGCUUGGAUUGCCCAGUUUUUUUUGGUUUGAAUUGACAGAUUUGUAUGAAAAGAAGAAUAUUCCAAAAGUAAUUUAUUGUAUACACGCUCUGAGUUAUUUGUUAUCUCGAAGAGGCUUGACGCCGCGAAUCAGGAAUCUAGUGGGGAAGCUGGAAUUCAGCGCCGAACAACUAAAUAUUACGCAAAGAAGUCUCGACGCAGCUGGGGUUAUUAUGCCAAGUUUUGCUAAUGUAGGCAUGGCUUUAGCAGCUGAGUUGAACGAACCUCCAGUAGAAAUAGAAGAAUCUCAAGAGUCUGAGGAGGAGAAACAAGCCCGAUAUUGGGAAGAGAAUCUGGAAAAGGUAAUCAAGUGUCAAGCAGCUGUUCGAACAUACCUAGCCAGAAGCAAAUUUCUAGAACGAAGAGCGCUACACAACGCAGCCGUACCAUUCAUAAUCCGCCUCCAAGCACAGAGUAGAGGCUGGCUGGUUAGGCAAGAAUGGAAAGCACGUGCUAAACAGCUAGAAGAGCUUGAGAAAUGGUUGAUUAAGUUGCAAGCACAAUGCCGUGGUGUGCUGGCACGUAACAGAUUUAAUGACAAGAUGGAAUAUUUUCGUAAAAAUCUUGAUAAAAUUGUCAAGAUUCAAAGUUUCUAUCGCGCUAAACAAGCAGAAGAUGCGUACCGUAGCUUGACCAUGGGGAACAACCCUCCUGUUGGGACUAUCAAGAACUUCAUUCAUCUCUUGGAUGAUAAGCUUGAACGCCUUCGCCAGUUGGUUAUUCAAAAAAUCCGGGAAAACAACAAGCUUGAUGAGCUUCUUAAUCAACUUGACAUAAAGAUAGCCCUUCUGGUCAAAAAUUCCAUAACUCUCGAUGAAGUAAUUGCAGUAGCAAAUUCCAAGAAACAACUUCGACGGUUAUCCCAAUUGAACUCCCAAUACGGUCCAUACUCUCUUAAAGCUCUCGACAAAGGAUCAAGACGUCGACUUGAUUUGUACCAGCAAAUGUUUUAUUUGCUACAGACACAACCCGCAUAUUUGGCGAGACUGUUUUUUGUCAUGAACAAAACGAGAGUGUCGGAAAAGAUAAAGAAAAUUAUCGAAGGAGUAGUGUUGACGCUGUUUGGUUAUGCGCAGAAUGCGAGGGAAGAAUAUUUGUUGUUAAAGCUUUUUCAAAGAAGCAUUAUGGAGGAGUUGGAAAGCGUUGACAGUCUGCAAGAGUUUUUAAGGGGAAAUUUUAUGUUUAUGAAAUUGGUAGUUUAUUAUAAUCGUGGUGCAAAGGAGCGUAAAUUCUUGCGAGAUUUGCUUGUUCCAUUAGUAAAACACGUGAUGGAUGAUGACUACAUGGAUCUAGAGACGGAUCCUUUGGCGAUCUACCGUACGUUGACGAACGCCGAAGAAAUUCGCACUGGCCAACCAUCCUCUCGUCCGUCUGACAUAACUCAACAGGACGCUCUCAACGAUCCUGAGACACGAACAGUAUUUAUUCAUCAUUUACAACGGCUUCGUAAAGAAACAGAGACCUUCCUGAACGCGAUUACUGCGUCUCUCAGUAAGAUGCCGUAUGGCAUUCGGUAUAUUGCUCGCGAAUUAAAAAGAACUUUGAUGAAGAAGUUUCCGCGAGAAGGUGAAAUGGCAGUGAUGAAAGUAGUAGGACACUUAGUAUAUUAUCGUUAUUUGAAUCCCGCUAUUGUAGCGCCGGAGGGGUUUGAUGUGAUCGAGACUAUUGUCAGUCCGAUGCAACGUAAAAACCUUGCAGAGAUUUCGAAAAUGCUUAAUCAAAUAUCCGUAGGUCGAUUAUUUACCGAUGAUAACAUGUAUUUACAACCUCUUAAUGAAUAUGUUUCGUAUGCAACAGAACGAUUCUCCCGGUUCUUCAAUGCAGUAACCGAAAUUACUGAUCCAGAAGCCUUUUUUGAUAUUGAUGAAUUCGAAGAUCUAACAAGAACUCACAAGCCAAUUAUAUACAUUACUCCUUACGAAAUCUUCUCCACCCACAAACUGUUGGUGGAGCGGCUUGACGUAAUUGCUCCGCAACAUGACGAUCCGUUGCGGCAAAUACUUAAUGAACUAUCUGCUCCGCCUGUUGAAGAAAUAGACAAUACUUCUAAUGCUGGAGAAAUAAGUCUCACUCUUACUAGUUGUAUUGCUGCUAAUGCGAUAAAAGAACCGGAUGCAGAGAUUAAUCAUUUGUAUAUGGAAACCAAACGAUACAUCUUAUCGAUAAUACGAAUUCAGAAUGGGCAGAAUCUACUAGAAAUACUUGUGAAGCCUGUAAGUCCAGAAGAUGAAGAAGCAUAUAGAAAACUCUGCGCGUCUGAUUGCGUAGAUAAACCGGCAAAACGGCAGCCACUGACAGAUGGCCAAAUGAUAGACAUUGCUACUAUUAAAUUUGCAGAGCUAAAGAAAUUGACAUUACGAAACAUCUUAAAACUAGAGGCAGAGAACAAGUUGUGGAGAAGUAAUAACUAUCAGGAUUUGCUAAACAGUAUUGCGGUGGACAUAAGGAAUAAACAUAGAAGGAGAAUACAACGUCAGAAAGAACUAAGACAAGUUAAAUUGUCAUUAGUACAUUUGGACGAAAAGCGAGCAUAUUUGGAUGAGCAGAUCAAGAGUUACAACGAUUAUAUUGACGCGUGUUUACAAAACAUGUCAAGCAAAAAAGGGAAAAAACGGCUUAUUCUGCCUUUCACUCGUCAAUAUUACCAUAUACGUGAUCUUCAGAAAUCUGGGAAGGUUCCCAAAUUUGGAUCAUAUAAAUACACUGCUCAACGCCUGCAUGAAAAAGGGGUCCUCAUUUCAGUCGAUUCUUUCCCGAGCAAACAAUUCGAUAAACUCAGUUUCACUAUUUCCUCGGACGAACUUGGCAUCUUUACCAUAGAAGCCAAAUUUGGAGGCGUUCCUGUUCCUGGGUUCGGGAACGUUGAAUUGAGAUUGGAAGACUUAUUACAAAGUCGAUUUAAUAAUGUUCAAGUGAUGACCUUAUUUGGUGGUGCAGCAAAGGUUAAUGCAAAUUUGCUGAUAUUCCUGAUAAACAAGAAAUUUUUUGUGUAG